AUGAAACGAAGGGGGGCCCCCAGGGGGGCCCCCGGGGGCCCCCUUUUUGCUGCUGCUGCUGAUGAUGAUGAUGAUGAUGAUUUGUUUAUAUAUGAAGACCCCCCUGAGUUUGUAUCUGAGCAGCAGCAAGAAGAGCAGCAGCAGCAGCAGCAGCAGCAGCAGCAGCAGCAGCGUAGACAACUGCAGCGGGAAUUACAUCAACAGCAUCUUCUGCUGCAGCAGCAACAGCAGCAGCAGCAGCAGCAGCAACUGCAGCAGCUGCAGCAGCAAACCUUCACCUACCCGAGGAUACCCUUUUCUCCUAUAGAUGCUGGGGGGCCCCCCACCCCUUUCCUUACAUCUUUGGGGGGCCCCCUCGUCUCCGCCUAG